AUGGCUUCCAAGACCAACUCAGCCAUGGCCCUCUUCCUUGUCCUUAACCUCCUCUUCUUCUCCAUGGCCACAGCCUGCGGCGGAGGCUGCCCCACUCCCAAACCCAAACCGAACCCUAAACCAACUCCUACUCCUUCCUCCGGCGGUGGGAAAUGCCCCGUAGACACACUCAAGCUGGGCGUCUGCGCCGACGUGCUAGGCAAUUUGCUCAAUCUCAAGGUCGGCAACCCGCCGGUUCAACCGUGCUGCAGCUUGAUCAAUGGGCUGGUUAACCUUGAAGCCGCCGUCUGCCUUUGCACCGCCAUUAAGGCCAACAUCCUGGGGAUCAACCUCAAUGUUCCCCUCUCUCUCAGCCUGCUUCUCAAUGUUUGUAGCGUCAAGGCUCCAUCCGGAUUCCAGUGCCCUUGA